AUGAGUAUCCCUGCAAUUCCAGGUGGAAUGAUGUCCACAGGUGCGCAUGCUGUACCAACACAUUCUGCUACCAUCCAAUCUGGCCCUCAAAUCAUAACUCCAAAUCAUACUAUUUAUAUCAACAAUCUUAAUGAAAAAAUCAAGACUGACGAAUUGAAGAAAUCUUUGUAUGCCGUCUUUGUUCAGUUUGGACAAAUCCUCGACAUUAUAACAGGUAAAUCUGUCAAGAUGCGUGGCCAAGCUUUUGUGGUGUUUUCCGAAGUGAGUAGUGCUCGCAGCGCCCUCGAAGCAAUGCGUGGAUUUCCGCUGUACGAGAAGCCCAUGUGUAUUAAUUUCGCACGCACGACGUCCGACAUCAUUGCCAAGCGCGAGGGUACUUACGUUGAGCGUCCCAAGCGUCAACCUCCUCCUCCACCCCCGACUCAACCCAAUCCAUCCCUGGACGCGGCUGCGAUGAUUGGUGGUGGCAGCGCGCGGGCCAUUCGUCGACGCCAACAGCGUCUUGCAGCUGCUCAGGCGGUCGAGAACGGUGGAACCGCCUCACAACCUCAUCCUACACAGCCGCAGCACCACGCACCUCCUCCAAUCAAUCCGGCCACGAUUCCAGACCAGCCGCCCAACAAAAUUCUCUUUCUCACAAACCUUCCCGAGGACGCGAAUGAGGCGAUGCUGGGCAUGCUUUUCGCACCGUUUGUGGGCUUUCGUGAGAUACGUAUGGUUCCAUCAAGGCAUGAUAUUGCUUUCGUGGAGUUCUCUACAAUGGAUAUUCGUCCAAAUCACACUCUCUAUGUCAACAAUCUGAAUGAUAAACUGAAGAAGGCAGAUCUCAAGCGGGCCCUGUAUUAUCUCUUUUCACCGUAUGGCCGUAUAGUUGACAUAAUUGCAAUGAAGACGCCCAAAAUGCGUGGACAGGCUUUCAUAAUUUAUCAGAGUAUCACGUCGGCAACCAAUGCGUCGCGUGUACUCCAAGGCUUCCAGUUAUUCGAAAAGCCAAUGCGGAUCCAGUAUGCGCGGAAGAAUUCCAGUCAGAUUGAAGUACUUCAGGGCGUCAACGCGGAGACUCAAAAGAAGAAGGAGGAGGAGCGCGAGAAGCGGCGUCGGAGGAAGCUCGCCCAACGCCAAGCUGCAGCCGCCGCCGCUGCAGCAGCUGCGGUUGGCCAGCUUGGCGGCACACCUGGGGUUGACGCAGAAAUGGAGGGUGAACCACCGAAUCGCGUUCUCUUCGUGAGCAAUCUGCCCGAGGAGACCACGGAUGCCAUGCUGACAAUGCUCUUCAACCAGUUCAGCGGAUUCAAGGAGGCCCGACGCGCUGUCGGUGGAAUCGGCUUCGUGGAGUACGAGACGGAGGCUCAGGCUUCUGCCGCAAAACUCACCUACCACGGCUUCAAGUUGACGCGAACCCACGCCAUUAGUGUGACCUACGCUAAGCACUGA